UCUCCCUUUUUUUUUGCUGAAAAUCCAAAUUGAUGAAAUCACCCUGUCCUUUUUUUUUCUCGUUGUUCGAAAUCAUUCUGAAAUCAAGUGCUAUGAAUCACCCUUCUUACAGAAACCUUCGAUUUCAUCUAUAGCAGAAGCCUUCUAUUCCAUCUUCUUCAUUCUAAAAAAAUCUGGAAGAUUCAGACUAUCAAGAUGAUGGAAGGUAUCUUCAUUUGUGCUGCUCCUCACUGUCUCAGGUCUUUCCUCAAGAAACCUGACUUUGAAUCCCAUGUCCAUCACCUCCACGCCUCCCUUUUACUACCCGAUGCUCCUCUUGAUAAAGAAGGUGGCAACGACUCUGACCUUCAGACCACAAAGCACCAAUCUUCUGCUUCUUCUGACUCCACACUCAUGAGAGGUCCCUUAAGAUCCCACCAGCAGCAGCAGCCUCCUCCGUUACUACACAGGUCACCUUCCUUGUCAAAGCCACUCUCUCGAUUUGGGAGUUACCCUGCAGAUAACAACGAUAACUCUCGUCCUCCCGGUUUCGAAACCGCUAGUCCUAAACCUGGAAUCCGGUUCCCUGACUACCCUCUGCCUAUGAAUAUGAUGCAACCACCGCCCACCAUGCCCAUUCCCAACAAUCGUUUGCCUCAGCAGUUUAGCUUUCCGCCUUAUCCAACAACUGAUGGAUCGUCUCAGCAAUUCUACAAUGGUGCACCUUUUGAGAUGACAAGACCUGAAGACAUAACAAGGUUAUGUGCUCGGGUAUCAGCAGGAGCAGCAGCAGCCUGCGCCAACGAUGAAUCUGAGUUUCCAAGGAUCUUAUCAUCCUCAGUCCUCGUGGAAUCCUGGUAUGGAACCGCCUCAACAGGUUAACCGGGGUAGAGACGCUCAAGGUUUCGGGUGGCAACAAGACAACCGUGAUGGCUUUGGGCAGGAGUAGUAACUAUUAAGACUUGUUUCAACUCUUCUUCUUCUUGUAUGUACUGUUUAAAACUAUUUGUCUGAAAGUUUCAAAAAGUGGCUCUCUAAUGCUUCUAUCUUUAGAACCAAUGUCUCUCUUCUUGAUCAGUGUGAAUCUGAUUUUGGGUUUUAAGGUUUUUGAAAAUGCUAUGUGUUGUAUGAUUGUCUUUGCAUCAGGUUUGGACCAAUAUAGUAUAAGGCAGUCUGAGUU